CGAGCGUGCCCUCUGCGGAGAGCGGCUCGGGGCUGCUGCGGUUCGACGGCGGCGGGUUCGGCAAGUGCCGCAGCGUGGAGCAGUACGAUAAGUUGAACGACAUCGAGGAGGGCGCGUACGGCUGGGUCGCGCGGGCCAAGGAGCUCGCCACGGGGCGCGUCGUCGCGCUGAAGAGGCUCAAGAUCGACCCCAAGGAUCGCGGCGGACUGCCGGUGACGGGCCUGCGGGAGAUACAGAUAUUGAAGGACUGCGAUCACCGAAACGUGGUCAAGCUGCGGGAGGUGGUCGUGGGAGAGGACACGAGCAAGAUUGAAAAUAUCUUCCUCGUUCUUGAGUUUGUCGAGCACGACCUCAAGAGCAUCUUGGAGGACAUGCCCGAGCCGUUCCUCGCGUCCGAGGUCAAGACCCUCCUGCUCCAGCUCGUCUCGGGGGUGGCGUACCUACACGACCACUGGAUCCUGCACCGGGACCUCAAGACAUCGAACCUGCUUCUAAACAACCGCGGGCAGCUCAAGAUCGCCGACUUCGGCAUGGCGCGAUACGUCGGCGACCCGCCUCCGAAGCUCACCCAGCUGGUGGUGACGCUGUGGUACCGCGCGCCGGAGCUGCUGCUGGGGGCGACGACGUACGGCCGGGCAGUCGACAUGUGGAGCGUCGGGUGCAUCUUCGGCGAGCUGCUGACGCGCGAGCCGCUGCUGCAGGGCAAGAACGAGGUGGACGAGCUGUCGCGCAUCUUCGAGCUCUGCGGCAUCCCGACCGACGAGUCGUGGCCCGCCUUCCGCCGCCUGCCCAACGCCCGCUCGCUGCGCCUGCCCACAAAGAACCCCCUGUCCGCCGGCUCCGUCGUCAGGGCAAAGUUCCCGCUCCUGACCACCGCCGGCGUGGCCCUGCUCAACGGUCUGCUUGCCCUGGACCCGGCGAGGAGGCUCGGCGCGAGGGAGGUGCUGGCGCACGAGUACUUCAGGCAGGACCCGAAGCCCAAGCAGGAGGCCAUGUUCCCCACCUUCCCCAGCAAGGCCGGGCAGGAGAGGCGGAGGCGCAGGGACACGCCCAACGCCCCGGCCAGGGGGCAGGCCGUCGAGCUGGGGGCCGUCGACUUCAGCGGCAUCUUCUCGGGGCGGGAGAAGGAGGAGAGGGGCGGCGGCUUCUCGCUGAGGAUGGUGUAGCCAGAAUCUUGUAUACCUUGUGUCGUUCCCGCCAAGGCCAUCCCAUCCGUGCAAAAGGCCAUUCUUGCAAUAGACUACGGUUUUGUGGGUAACCAAGAAGGUUGUCUGCAUUCGUAAAGUGUCGAGCUACAACUAACUACCACGCCCUCAUUACGCUGCAAAUCUGUCUGUAGGUAAUCAAACCCCGAACAAAAACAGGGUCUGGAUCUCGCCG